AAUUUUUAUAUUUAUAUAAUCACUGUCAUUUUUUCAGAAUAUUUAAAUUGUCAAAAUAUGUGUUACAUGACAGUAUAACUCAUUGGUUAUUAUAAAGUGUACAUGUUUAAAAACUGAUUAUGAAUAAACCAGUGGGAACAGAUUUCGAAUACGAAUCAGUCCUAGCCUACAUUAGAAAAGGUAGGCUCGGUGGCGGAGCAUAUUUUAAAGAUGGAUUAAAAAAAGUACAUUAUGUGUUGGUCCUAAGCAUGACUUCAGCUUACACAAAUGUCGAUGUUAUCAGUCACAUUAUACGACAAUUGGAAGAUAUGGGUUUGGAAUUUGAACAAGAUCUUGGAAUUACCAUUCCUGUCAUUUUCAUCAAAAUUCAUAUACCAGACGAAGCCACUGAGGUAUAUUUAGGAACUUACGGAGUGAAUGAAGAUUUUAUAUAUGGAUUUGAUUAUGCUGAUCGUUCAGAGUCGUCAGUAUUUAAGACACCAGUUCAGAAGAAAAAUGUAUUUCAAGAUAUUCGGAGUCGUGAGUUGAGUGUAAUCAAGGUCAAAGUAAUUCAUCAAAUGUUAAUAGAAAUUCCUUUUGGUGAAGGAGAAGAUAAGAGGGGAUUGCCAAAGCUUUGCAAACGCGGAAUUUUUCAAGAUUAUUACCCACUACAUGAUGGUAAUAUUCAAUAUGAAUAUUGGUAUAACGAUGACUUAUUAAACGAUAGAACUUUGUUAGCGAAGUAUUGGGCAAAUUAUUAUGUUUGGUACAAAGAACAACCGCUAGACCUCAUAAAUAAAUACUACGGAUCAGAAAUUGCCUUCUAUUUUGCAUGGUGUGCAUUUUACAACAUGAUGUUGACCCCAAUAGCUGUCUUAGGAACAAUAUUGUCUUGUAUAAGUAUCGGACACCGAUUAAUGUAUCCUCUUGAUAUAACAGAAACAAUAUGUAACUCAAAACUUCCUGUAUGUGGAUUAUGUAUGAAAGGUUAUGGGUGUACUCAAAACCCACUAAGUGAUAGCUGUGGAGAUUAUACGAUUGCGUCUGUUUUAACUCACUCAAUUCUCACCGGUUAUGCUGUAGUUGUGACAAUUUGGGGUAUUUGUUUCAAUAAGAUGUGGAGCCGAAAAGAAUACAUUUUAAAAAUCCGAUGGAAUUUAUUGGGGAAAGAAUUGGAAAAAGACUCGAAAUUAAGAAUAGAAUUUCAAGAAAAAGCUGAAAAACUAGUAAUGGACGGUCAAAUUGUGUACAGACUGAAAGAGACUUCGAAAUUUUCAAGACGAGCUGUUGGAAUUAUUGGAUACAUAUUAAUUAUGUAUGUAGUAGUAAUGUUUUCAUAUGUAAAAAAUUACUUAUACUUAAUAGUCAAGACAGAAAUUAUAAAAAGAGGAGCUCAAUUUAACACCGGAACGUUCAUGUCAGAGAUACAUUCAUAUUGUCAGGCCGCGUUUCAAAUGUUAUUUUCGAAGUUGAUUUUUAAUCUGGCAUCAGGUCUAACGAACAUAGUGACACCCAAAACUCAAGAUACUUACGAUCAAAUAAUGUUAUUCAUGAUUUUCUCAUUGGAUCUAAUGAAUAACUUUUUUCCUUUUUUUCACACAGCUUUCAUUAAAAAUCAACAGUUCAAUAUUCCGUUUGAACGUGGGAUUGGAUUAUUGAAGAACGAUUCUUGUGAUCCGUUGCCUUGUGUGACUCCUCUUUUCGUUCAACUUAUGAUACUGAUGACCCUCAAAGUCAUACUUGAAAAAAUCUUUGUCAUUUGUUAUCCUAAAUGUAAAGGCUUAAUUAAAUCUUAUAUGAAAGAACAACUUAAAAAAUCACAAAUGCCGCAAUAUGAAGAAGAAUAUGGCAAAAUAUCUCAACAGUUCUGUUUUCUAGAUGUUAAUUUUUCAGGAAAAGUUAUUCAAUACGCUUUGCUUAUUAGUUUUAUUUAUGGUUUCCCGUUGGGCCCUAUGUGUUGUCUAAUUCAAAACGUACUUUCCCUGCGAAUGGAGGCUAUCGAUAUGAUUUAUGAAUCUCGUAGGCCAGCAUACACAAGACAGUCGCAAGGAAUUGGCAUUUGGAAUACAGUACUUAUGACCCUUACUCACGUUGGGGGCAUGAUUAACAUUUUUACAAUUGCAUUUGCUUCUGAUGGAAUAAUAGAAUUUCAUAGACCUGUAAGCAAUGAUAGCAAUGAAAUAUUUAUGUUUUCAGAAUUCCAUCCGUAUAAUGUUUUUGGCAAAUCCAAAAAUUCUACUAUACCCGAUAAAUGUUUAUUCCGAGGAAUGUACAAUUCACCGUAUAAGAUUAAUAGAUACUCGUAUUCCUUUAAAUUUUGGAAUCAACUGACAAAACAGUUAUAUUCAAUCCUCCUUCUUCAGAUACUAUGUUUUGGAAUGGUAUUUGUGGUCGACUAUAUUCUACCGACAAUUCCACCUUCUGUGAAGAAGAAGAGAUUUGACGACCGAACUAACUUGGACAACAAAUACAACAAGGAAUUCAAUAAGAAAUUGGAGCAACUUCUUCAUGAACACGGAAAGAAGAAGUAAUGAGUAGCGGGUAUUAGUUUUACCACAAUUCCCCAUAGUCGUGUUUACACCAUAUUUAAAAUUUAAAUGUUAAUUAUUUAUUAAGAAAAUGUAAUGUAAAAUAUUACAACAAUAAAUUAAAAUUAUACGG